GAACUCUUCAAUCUUGUUAGCUUCAGAGUAUCUAAAGCAGAAGCUUUGGUAACGAAGAGCUCUGAUUCAGACUACCAGCCGGUUGCCAUUCAAAACCAUAGUUUUUGAGUUCCUACUGAAAUGAAGACUAAUUGCGUUUCAACUUUUAGGCAUUCCAUCACAUACCUGCGUUUCAAGUUUUUUGAGUUACCCAUUUUCAUUUAUUAACUCGAGUAUUUCGCAUAAUGUAGCGACUUUUACCUCCCAAUCAUAUAGUAAUUGUAAUACGAUCCGCGAGUUCUAUUUCCAAAGUCGCCGAUCUAGGUUUAAGAACGUCAACAAGCUUAGUAACGCCCUUGCUUUAUACAAUCAAAUGGUUCGAAUUCGACCCCGGCCUUCUGUGCAUGAAUUCACCCAGCUCUUGAAUGCAGUGAUAAAGCUUGGUUGCUUCUCGGAUGCUGUUUCAUUGUUCAAUGAUAUGUGUGUUCAGCCCAUUCAAAUGGAUAAUUUCAUAUUCGUCAGAGUCAUGUAUUCUCUUUGCUCUUUGGGCCGAGUUGAUUUAGCUCUUUCAAUUUUAGGCAGAUUUAUCAAGUCUGGUUUCUUGGUUGAUGCCCCUGUCAUCGGCAUAGUACUGAAGGGGUUCUUCGUCGAAGGUAAGAUUCGAGAGGCCUGUGAUCUGUUCCAGAAGAUAUUUACUGUGAAGCUAUGUUAGCCAGAUGAAAUUAUGUUAAGGAUAGUAAUUAAAGGUCUUUGCAAAGCAGGAGUUACUGACAGGGGAAAGAGAAUCAUAUCAAGCCUAAUGUUUUUAUGUAUAACUCCAUUAUUGACAGUUUUUGUAAAGAAAAAAAAGUGGAUGAUGGCAUCACGCUAUUGGCUAAGAUGAUUGACAAAGGCGUUGCUCCUAAUGUGGUAACCUAUAGUUUGUUAUUACACGCUCUUUGCAAUGCUGACCGAUGGAACGAGGUUGAAGGAAUGUUGAAGCAAAUGUUGGAGUACAGGAUUGCUUUUGAUGUGCAAAUAUACAACAUUUUGGUUGAUGGCUUCUGCAAGAAGGGAUGGAUUAAAGAUGCUGUUGAAGUCAUAGAGACAAUGGUUAGAGCUGGGGUGCAACCCGAAAUAGUCACCUAUGGUGCAUUAAUGGAUGGAUAUUGUUUGCGAGGAGAAAUCAGUGAAGCUGAAAGUCUCCUAAAAAAAUGACACGUAUGGGGUGCAACCCUAAUCUCCACAUUUACAACAGUUUAAUGAACUUAUAUUGCAAAAAAGAGAUUGUUGAUAAGGCCAUUCAAGUUUUUAAGAAUCUUCCACAAAAAGGGUUGAAACCUAAUGAGGCUUCCUACUGUAAUAUACUACACGGUCUCUUCAGUGUUGGGAGAGUGGAUGAUGCUAUGAAGCUUAUAAAUGACAUGGCAGUUAGGAGUGAAUGUGUAAAUCUUAUCACCUUCAAUGUUCUUCUGGAUGGCUUUGUUAAGAACCAUUGUGUUUCUCAUGCGCUUGAUCUGCUGAAUAUGAUGGAAGUCAAUGGCUUGAUGCCUGAUAUAAGGUGCUAUAAUAUUGUCUUAAAUGGACUUCUAGGAGACGGAAAGUAUGUUUCUGCUCUGGACCUAUUCAAUGCCCUUCCUUCAAAGGGUUUGAAACCAAAUGAAGUGACCUAUACUACCAUGAUCAGUGGACUUUGUAAUCAUGACCGACUAGAAGAUGCAAAAAAUCUGUUCAGGCUAAUGGUGGAGAAUGGUUGUGUGCCUAGUAGCGUGGCGUACAAUAUUCUCAUUCGUGUAUUUGUAAAAUGGAAUGUCCACUGUGAGGCUGUUUUUCUAUUGCGUGACAUGUUGACCCAUGGACUAGCACCUGAUACAACUACUUGUGAGGUGAUACUUAGAUCCAUCUUAAGGGAUGGACUCGACUCCAAACUUCUUGAUAUGAUUCAAAGUAUCAAAGAAAGACCUUGAUUAUGAUGUCACUGAGUGUUUAG